UAGAUUUUAACGUUAUCAUAUGACUCGUGGUACAGAUUUACAUGUCCUGGUUUAUGACUACGUAUCACGGGUAUUUGGGCAUAUUUGCGUAUCCAUCUUUGUUUGAUAGUUUUAGCAGGAUUUGGGUUAAGUUUAUGCGCCACUAACUGCAAGUUAGAAAAAAGAAAAAUGUUUCUGAGGAUACUUCUGUCCGUGUUUGCUUUAACCUCAGUGGUACAAUGUCAGAUUAAGCCGUGUUGUUAUCCUGACCAGUGGGAAGCUGUGGAGGGAAUACUUGCUGGGUCGAUGAAUGAUGAGGGCGACACGGCUAUCACAAAUGCAUACAUUCAAAUAGCAUAUGACGCUAAAGAGCAAAGGGUCUAUGGUGAAGAAACGGCUACUACUGGGAGCUUGACAAAACAGUACACGUUCUUGCAACUGUAUAACGAGAGUGUUCAGUAUACAAUUGUAAACAAAACAUGUACACGUUCGAAACUAGCGCCUUGGAAUAACCAAAACUGCAUACCCGCCAAUGCAUCUUUCGUAAGCCAGUAUAGGCUUGGACUGAACCAAAGCAUCAUGGUUUCGGAUUUCAGCUACAACACUGGCACAGUGUCGAAUGUGGUUACUGUGACAAAUGACAUGUGUGUCCCAGUCGUUACACAACGUACCGGAAAUAUAAACGGAGUGGAGGUAAUGUUAUCUGCAGGGGUCCAGGGUAUAACAGCCGGGAUCAAGGAUCCAUCUGUAUUUAACGUUCCAGAUAUUUGUAAAUCUGGUAAAGUGAUCGAUGACAAGGAAAUGAAGAAAAGCUGGACAUUUGCAAGAGAAGUGAAGCAUAAACUCGGAUUCCAUUAAACUUAUUCUUUAUUGUUGGCUGAAACUUACUCGAUUAAUAAAUAGAAAUAGAAGUAGAAUUGCUUGGAUUUUAGACAACUUUAUUUCAAUAGAACAUGUUCCAGACACAUAAAAACGAGGACUUAUAUUUCAUGUGCACGUCCAUUCUGUUGGAUACUAUUUAUAGUCUAGUUUAAAUUUAACGUUUUACAAAUUCCCACCAUUUUGCCCAAAGAAUCUUCGAGGUGUGAUAUAUUCAAUAUUCACGAAAAACAAAAUUUUUCUUUUUAUUUUAUGCUCAAUUACGUUGAGAUGUGUAUUUUCCAACAAUUUUUAAUCUCAGCGCGGGAAACAGACGCGCGUAAACAGACAUGACGUCAGACGUGUUGUGACGUUAGAAAAUCGCACACAACAUAAAGUUCCAUUUUUUUCUGCUGCAUAACGUUAUGAAAUUCUCAUUAAGUAAAAUAAUUUGAAUCGAGAAAUAUACUAUAAAGAACAAAGUGCGACUACAAUUUUCACCCUGUGUUAAGCAAAUAAUUUAAAAUUCAUACACAAUGUAUGAGCCGGGAGCGGAGCUAGAUCUAUAUCUCUCACAGUGUGAAAAUAUAGAUUUACAGUGUGAGUGAUGAGAUAUAAAAAUAUUUAACUGAAAGAAUACAAUGUUAUAUUAUCUUCGGCCUUUUCGAAAUUAUUUUAGUGAUACUAUUUGUAUACAAAUAAGCCUGCAACUUUAAAUGUUUACUAACUUUGUGUUUUUCAUAUUUUCCAUACAAUGAAUUUAUCAACUUUAAGAUGAUAUUAUUUCUGUAAUUGAUAGUAAUUGAUUGUUGAAGAAAACGCGUUUUCCUUUUGCGUAAUAAGCGUUCACAUAACUUGUCCGAACCCCAACGUCUUGCACAUCAGUAUAAAGGGCAUUAUUACAUGACUGUUUUCUGUUGUUUCUCUGAUUGGCUGAAAACGGUUCGAAAAGUAAUGAGUACAUAUCAUAUCAACUUAUCUUGGGUUAUAAAUAGUACGAAAAUAAAAAUUGAUCGAAGUAGGUGCUUGGAAAACGAGUAUCAACCUGAUUUUGUCUAAAUUUAUUCCUUAUUUCUUUAUUAAAGAUACAACUGUAAUAACAAGACUGACUAUACAUUUAUUCAUCCUGUGUUAAGCAAAAAAUUUAAAAUUCAUACACAAUGUAUGAGGGGGCGGAGCUAUAUCUCUCACAGUGUGAAAAUAUAGAUUUCAUAUUUUCACAGUGUGAGUGAUGAGAUAUAAAGCCUUCGGCUCGGUGAAUAUAACUUUUUUCGGGUUGAUGAAUCCUGAUAUCAACCUAUGAACAAUUCUAUAAUUGUAUAGUAUUGCUUUUUCAUUCCGAAAUCCAACCUACGCGCAGGAAUAUUGUCUAACAAUCAUCCCUGCCUUCAAGCAAAUCAUGUGACGAUGGUACAACCAUGUGAUUACUUCAUUAUUUGUUUAGUUUUUAGUUCGUUGUACGAACAGAAUGUAUAAUAUUUAACUACUGAGAUAAAAACUUCGUACAACAAAAUAGAAAUAAAGAAAAAUGUAACUCGGCUGAAAUUCAGCCCAAUUUUUACGUGGUGGCAGAAUUUAUUGUACCGAUAAGGGGAAGUAACACUGUGUUGGAGUUUGUCCAAAAUCUAUAGUCUAUCUUAAUCGAUCUGGCAGGGUAGAUUUUCGCUACGGUCCACUUCAUUAUUGUGCUGGAUAUGUAGUAAAUUCGUCAAACUGAUUUCUUAUUCACUGGCCAUCUUCGUUAUCAUUUAUUACAUACGCAUCUACACGUAUAAAUAUUAUGUAAAUAUCAUAAAUAUGUUCAAUAGCCUGAAUAGGACUGACAAUACUGAACUAAAUAGAAAAAAAUAGUGCAACAACACACACUGAAUUACGUCUGUAUCCACUGCCGUUCUACCUAUUUUGCUAGGUUUUUUUGUGAUAACCAUUAUUUGCAUAAGCCAUAGAUGAUCUCCGCCCCGCCAGGUCAAAUAAAACGAAUAAUACCUUUAGAUUGAUAUAAACGCAUAUUUUUGGACAAGAUGAGGCAGUGCCUUCUUUGAAUAUUUCAUAAAUAGCGGCAGAUAAACAAAGGCAGUAUAUCUGCUGCCCUUUGGAAAACAUUGUUGAAAGUAAUCCGACACGUGAAACUCUAGGCUCUUUAGAUAACUUUUGUUCUUAAAAGAAUAAGAAUAAUACAAACAAAAUGGUAGGAUUGCUUAAAUUGCCCUAAUUAAGUGACUGAACAGUAACCCAGCACAACUUUAUUACCUUAUAAGCAUGGCUUAAGUGGUCGUUAUUUAAUUAUCGAAUUACAUUUAACAUUUCUUCAACUUUUCCGUGUUCGGGUAAUCAUCUAAUUACGAUCCUAUGUCUAUAGCAUCAACCACCAUAGAUUUUGCAAAACUUCACGUGAACAAUAAUCCUGCUUAAACUGAACCUAGACGGUAAGAUUAUCAAAUUGUAGUACAGAAGUAUGGGUUACAGAACAAAAAUUCAUGUUUAAACCUUAGAACAGUUAUGGUCUUUCAAUUUAAUUGAUACCACUGUGGCAUUAUCUAUAUACCCUGUAUACAGUAAACUGCGUUUUUACCGAACUUAGGGUCAAGCAAAAUGUGUUCGUUAUAGCAGGAGUUUGUAAGAAACCAUAUAGCUAAAAGUUCCUUAUAAACAAACUGAAUUACUGAUUCAUAUAAUUAGUUAAUUUAGCGUGCAUUAAAACUUACCAAUGGACUGCAGUUUUAUAAAAAGAUACAUUAAUAAACUAUAAAACUAUUA